CCAUUUCUCCCCACUGCCCGACCUCCCCGCACGCACGCGCGAGCAUCUCCAACUCCGCCCCCGCCCCCGCCUCCGAUUCCACGCCUCCUCUGCGCGCGCCAGAUCCGGCCAGCGCAGGCGUGACGCGGCGGGCCUGCUCUCGCGCCGCGCUUGACCACAGAGAGAUCGCUGUCGCCGUCCACUGCGGGGCCCGAGCGCGCGAAGGUGGGGUUGGCUACGGGCCGCUGAGCGAGGGCAAUGGCGCGGCGGUGGCGGCCGUCGCACCUUGUGUUCGUCGCGGGGGUGGCCUAUCUCAUCCUCAUCUCCCUCAAGUUCCGCCGCGUCCUCGACCUUGCCACCGCCGACCUCGCCGCCGUUGACUCCGCCUUCUCCUCCCCAUCCUCCACCGACCACCUGCCCCCUCUCCUCCCAGGCAGCUCGUCCUCCUCCAAUGCCACCAUGUUCCAGGUCCAGCCCUUCUGGCACCGCUACGACCGCGUCUCCCUCCCCGACAUCGCCGCUCGCAACCGCUCCGCGCUCGACCGCAUGGCCGACGACGCCUGGUCGCUCGGGCUCACCGCCUGGGAGGACGCCGCAGCCUUCGCCGGGGACCCCUGGGAGCUCGCCGCCGUCGAUGCCGCCUCCACCGACAAGUGCCCCGCCGCCGUCUCCGUGCGCUCGCGGGGGAGGGUCGUCUUCCUGCCCUGCGGCCUCGCCGCUGGCUCCGCUGUCACCGUCAUCGGCACGCCUAGGCCAGCGCACAAGGAAUACGUGCCGCAGCUCGCCAGGAUGCGCCAGGGGGACGGGACCGUGCACGUCUCGCAGUUCAUGGUCGAGCUGCAGGGCCUGCGCGCCGUUGACGGCGAGGACCCGCCCAGGAUAUUGCACCUUAACCCCAGGCUGAGGGGGGACUGGAGCCAGCGCCCCAUCAUCGAGCACAAUACCUGCUACCGGAUGCAGUGGGGCUCCGCACAGCGCUGUGACGGCUUGCAGCCCGAGGACAACGACGACAAGGUCGAUGGGUUCACCAAAUGUGAGAAAUGGAUACGUGAUGAUAUUGUUGACACGAAAGAGUCCAAGACAACUUCAUGGCUAAAGAGGUUCAUAGGGCGUGCAAAGAAACCGGCAAUGACAUGGCCAUUCCCUUUUGUGGAAGACAGGCUAUUUGUUCUUACUAUACAAGCUGGCGUUGAAGGUUUCCACAUAUAUGUUGGUGGUCGACAUGUGACAUCUUUCCCUUAUCGACCAGGUUUCACUCUUGAAGAUGCAACAGGAUUAUAUGUUAAGGGUGAUGUGGAUGUCCAUUCAGUUUAUGCCACUGCUCUUCCUAUGUCUCAUCCCAGUUUUUCCCUUCAACAAGUCCUUGAAAUGUCAGACAAAUGGAGGUCCCAACCACUGCCAAGAGAUCCAGUUUACCUUUUUAUCGGAAUACUUUCCGCAUCAAAUCAUUUUGCUGAACGCAUGGCUGUGAGAAAAACUUGGAUGCAAACUUCAGAAAUUAAGUCUUCUAAAGUAGUCGCACGAUUCUUUGUAGCACUGAAUUCGAGGAAAGAGGUCAAUGUGAUGCUGAAGAAAGAAGCUGAAUACUUUGGAGAUAUUGUCAUUUUGCCAUUUAUAGAUCGUUAUGAACUGGUAGUUCUUAAGACAAUCGCUAUUUGCGAGUAUGGGGUCCAGAACUUGACAGCGGCCCAUGUCAUGAAAUGUGACGACGAUACAUUUGUGAGGGUAGAUGUGGUUCUCAGACAUAUCAAGAUGAACUCCCUUGGCAAACCAUUAUACAUGGGGAACCUUAACCUCUUGCAUAGACCACUGAGAACUGGGAAAUGGGCAGUUACAGAGGAGGAGUGGCCUGAAGAUAUCUAUCCGCCUUAUGCUAAUGGACCCGGUUAUGUAAUUUCUGGUAGCAUAGCAAAAUUCGUUGUGUCUCAGCAUGCCAAUCAGAGUUUAAGGCUAUUCAAGAUGGAGGAUGUAAGUAUGGGGCUAUGGGUUGAAAAAUUCAAUUAUACCAUGCCUGUCAGGUAUUCUCAUAGCUGGAAGUUCUGCCAGUAUGGUUGCCUCGAGAACUACUACACUGCGCACUAUCAGUCGCCAAGGCAAAUGCUAUGCUUGUGGGACAAGUUGGUUCGUGGUCGCCCAUCCUGCUGCAAUUAUAGAUAGUGAAAUGCGAUCUUUCAUUCACUCGCAGUCAGCAUUCCUUCUAUCCCAGCGGGUGAGUUUGGCUGGCUGGUGUUCUCUUUUUUGACAUGAAUCACCUAGCUUAGAGGCUGCUGCUCCAUUGGCUUGAUUGAGCUUACAUUGCUGAGGUUGAAGCUUGAAGAUUAGGUAGAAAGCUACAACCAUCUGGUUUCAUACAUUAGCCUGAUUUGCGUUUCUCAUCUACUUAGCAUCCACAUGUGCCCUUGUAAUUGAUGCCAGUUUUCUUCCAGGGAGAUUAAUCCCAAUUUUGAUGUAGAACAUGUGAUCAAAAUGUUCAGAUGUAUGCCUCUUCUUAUGGUAGAGAAAAUGAUCACAACU